AUGUCCGCUCAUGAGAUCUCAGUUGUCGAUGCGGAACAACACGACGACGAUCCAUGCAAGAAAGAAUCAUGCCAUGCAAGCGAGGUGGACGCAGAGAUCAGAGAAGCUGAGAAGAUACUCAAUGCAUUUUUGUGCUAUGGUGUAUAUGGUCGAGAAAUGGCAUGUAGAACAAUGAUGUCGUUCAAACAACUCUCUUCGGCUCACAAAGAAAUUAUCCUGGAUACCCACAAUGAACAUAUGCGUAAUGUACUCAAAUGUGUGGAUCAUAAUCAAGAAGUUUUGAAGAGGAUCGUAUUUUACGGAUUGAACGUAUUUGGUGAGGAAUUCGCGGAGAAAACGAGAAAGAUAAGGCAAAAACGGCGACCCGAUCCGCAUUACAUGGCGAAGGUACUCAGCACUUUGCGUCAAAUAGUAAGGGAAUGGACUGUAGAGGGAAAACUUGAGCGGGAUGCCACUUACAGUCCUAUUAUGGAUGUGCUGCAGAAGCGGUAUCCAGAUAAAAGUGAACGAAGUUCAGUAAGGAUCAUGGUUCCGGGGUCUGGUCUCGGCCGAUUGGCUUUUGACUUAGCUAAAGAAGGAUUUGCUGUUGAGGGAAAUGAGUUCAGUAUGGUAAUGUUGAUGACGUCAUCGUAUUUGCUGAAUGCUUGUUACGAGGAAAAUGAGCACGUCAUAUAUCCGUACACACUUGACAAAAGCAAUAGUUGGUCCUACGCAGACCAGACGAGACCUAUCAAUUUUCCUGAUGUUGGGAAGUCGCGGACCGAAGUUCCAUCAAGCUUUUGCAUGAUCGCUGGAGACUUUUUAGAAGUGACUCAGUCGAGAAGUGAAUGUUUCGAGUGUGUUGUGACUGCGUGGUUCAUUGACACUGCUAAGAACAUUAUAGAUUACAUAGAAACAAUCUACCGUAUCCUCAAGCCAGGGGGUAGUUGGCUUAAUGUGGGCCCGCUCACUUAUCACUAUGAGGAUAUGAUUGAUGAGAUGUCAAUUGAGCUGCCAUAUGAGGAAGUGAUCAGGAUUGUACGACUGACGGGUUUUGAAAUUGUGAACGAGUCGAAGAUUAUCAGUUACUAUACGAUAAAUCGGCUCUCUAUGCUGCAGAAUCAAUAUACUUGUGCAUUUUUUGAAGCUGUCAAGCCUAUGAAGCCUUCGUAG